AUGGCAAACAACAUCGUCACCUACCGCAAGAACAAAAUGGCUUCCUUCGUGGGCCUCGCUCCGGAAGUGCGUCUCAUCAUCUACAGCUUCUUGCUCGAAGAAGCUUUCGCCAGCAACAAGCGUGUCGUCUACGCUUUCGAAGGCAGUCAGCAGACUGGUGUCACGUCUAUAGACUUACUGUCUGUCUUUGAGGCCGGCGACUCGGAUCUCGAAGAAGACGUUGUUCCAGUCAUUGCAUGGACCCGCGACACCAUGGAGUACGAGCAGGACCGUACAGGCCGCGUCAUCUCACUCGUCGAUGUCCUCUUCAGAUACGGUCCAGAAGUACGCAAGAGAGCCGUUCACCAUGCCAACAUCGACGGUCUCCUGGCUCUCGGAGGUACCUGUCGUCUUCUCCGCAGCGAAGUCCUCCCUAUCGCCUGGUCCAUCGCCGACAUCUCAGUCUACACGCCUGACAACGGUUUCAAGGAUGACAUCCAGUACAUCUUCGGACACUGUUUGUCAGAGCAAACCUGCAAGUUGAUCCGUACCCUGUACAUCGACGUCGGCAAGAGUGACUGGUCGGUCGCCUGUGUCAGCGAGACCGCCAGCUUCAUCACCAAGAGCCUGCCCAACCUCAGCGUCCUCACCAUCGCCAUCUCCCGCCGUUACACCACUGGUGAAGACGACGUGCUCAAUACCGGCCUGAUGGCGCUCACCAUUGUACCUUCCACCAUCUCCAUCGAGAUUGUGGCUUAUGUUCGUGCCCAUCUUGUCGCUCAGCGUCAGCUCCUGAACUACGCCAUCUUGGGUAUGUCUAGCGAUGCCAAUCUUGCGGAGAUCAUGGAGUGGGAAGAUGGCGUCAGCUACAGUGACACCCUUCGUGUCGAGUUGAACCGCCGUCUCGCUCAGUCCGCCAGAGCUGUUCGCAGACAGAAUGAAGAGGGUCAGGAGGAUAGUUCGUUGCUUGAGGAUACCGUUGUCCUGCGCUCAAGCAUGGCAGAUUAG